CUCGAACUGCUCGAAUAUUGCUCGAAUAUUGCUAUGAGGCCAAGUCCACAUCAAGCACUGUCACCUGAGAGAAAUAGCUUACUUCAGAAGUGGUGAGGUGAGAAGAUUUUGUCGGUUAACAUUUUGCGGUCCAGAUAAAAACCAGGUUGAGACCAAGAAAAAGGCCCUUUUACAACGCUGCCAAUCCUUCUAAAACCUUUUACAACGCUGCCAAUCAACCAUAGAAACUACAGAAAUCUGCGGCCGAGAUCCGGGUGUCUCGCAAGGAAACCAUCUGAAACCGCCCAUAUCUCCUGCAAUGAAGAUUACAAACAGCCUGUUUUGAACCAAAAGACACCGCACUGAGAAAGUGUUCAACAAACCGCGAUGAUAUGAAUGAUAAAACACUCGGAUCAAUUGACAAGGGGCUCGUUCCGGGGAACUAUCUGAGUUUAGCGAACGAUGCACGACAGGAGCGUGAUAAACAGAUAAAAAUCCUGCUCGAAAAGCGAAAACUUCCCCAAGACGGAUGGAGCGAACCGAUGAUAGAGUACUUCAUACAAGAGCUGGCCCUGCUGGAUAGCAAUAACUUUCCUUCCCGGUGUGGAGUUGGCGAACGGGAGGCACGUGUAGUUUGUGAUCUUGUUCGCCGUAGACACUACAACUUUGCCCACGGUGUGGGCCGUUCCGGUAAUCUUACGGCAGCGCAACCGAAGGCAGCCGGCUCGACGCUCAUGGCAAACCUUACCAACUGUUUGGUGCUCGAUCUGAUACGUACGGUUGGAGUCCCGAACUGUAAGAAGGCAAUCGUUAUCCCGUUGGCCACUGGUAUGACAGUGAUGCUUAGCCUACGAUCUGUACACGCUCAUAGGCCGAAAUCACGCUACGUGCUGUGGUCACGUGUAGAUCAGCAAUCGUGCUUCAAGAGUAUCCUCGCGGCGGGUCUAGUGCCGAUCGUUGUCGAUAGUUUGAUCGCCAACGGUGUCGAUAGCAGCGAGCCAAAGUAUGCCACCGAUUUGGCCACAUUUCAAGCAAAAAUCGAAGAGUUUGGAGAGGAACAAAUCUGUUGCAUAUUGUCCACUACGAGCUGCUUUGCACCACGCAACAGUGACGAUAUAAUGGCGCUCGCAGACCUCUGUCUCCGGAACGGCAUUCCACACAUAGUGAACAAUGCGUACGGGCUGCAAAGCUCACAACUGCUGCACCAGAUUAAUCAAGCAGCUCGUACCGGACGGGUCGAUGUGUUCGUACAGAGUACCGACAAGAAUCUGCUUGUCCCUGUCGGGGGGGCUAUCGUUGCUGGAUGCUUUGAUAGCACCAUCGUUGAUGCGAUCGCAGGCCUCUAUCCAGGUCGUGCAUCAGGAUCGCAAUCGUUGGAUGUGCUGAUGACGCUACUGACUCUCGGGAUCACUGGUUACCGUCAGCUGCUUGAGCAGCGAAACACACUGUACAAGAUGCUACUAGAUGGAAUGACUAAGAUAGCCGCAAAAUUCGGCGAAAUAUUGUUACCCUGUCGCAACUCCAUUUCUAUCGCUAUUUCGUUGGGAACAUUUACUCAAACAACAGGCUGUGGAUUGGAGAUGAUCGGAUCGAUGCUUCAGAAGCGUGGCGUUUCCGGCUGUCGAGUGGUGAAUCCUGGACAGAGCAAAAGCAUCGAGGACUAUCUUUUCCAAGGAUGGGGAGCACACAGUUCUUUGUGCAGUGUACCAUAUCUAACGGCCAGCGCAGCGCUCGGUGUGCAGCGUUCAGAAAUUGAUACAUUCCUGGUGAAAUUACCCGAGGUGUUGCUGAAGUUCCGCAGUAAAUAUAUGGCAAACGAUUAGGUUGUUGUUUUGCUCACUACGAAGCCUUUUUAAAGUAAUAAGUUAUUUAUUCUAUUAUCGAGUCGGUAAUAGUAGGAGCUUUCAUUGAAUUUCAUUCAUA